AUGGCGACCACAGGAUCGUGCGAAACGUCACUCGCCACUCCAGCCGCAAAAUCGACCACCGCCGCAGCAGGCGCCGCCGCCGACGAGGCACCAGCCGUACCAGCGACUCCACCAGACGCGAACAAGCCGCGCGCCGCUGCCGCCGCCGCCGCCGCUGCAGCCACCCCGCCGGAUUCCAACAAGCGCGCGACGGCAACCCUAGUCGCGUUCACCGUGCAAUGCGCGCUCUGCUACAAGUGGCGCAAGGUGCCGACGCUCGACGAGUACGAGAGCAUCCGCGCGCGCGUGUCGAUCGAGCCGUUCACGUGCGCGCACGCGCGGAGAUGGAAGCCGUCGUGCUCGUGCGCGGACGAGCCGGAUUUGGUGCAGGACGGCACGUACAUGUGGGCGCUCGACCGCCCAGAUAUUCCGCAGCCGCCCCCCGGGUGGCGGCGGCGCAUCGUGGUCCGCGGAGGGUCUUCCGCGAAGUUUUCGGACGUGUACUACCAUUCGCCCUGUGGCAAGUCGUUGAGAUCAGUCAAUGACGUAGAACGGUUCCUAGCAGACCACCCCAAGUACCGCAUGCAGGGCAUCACGUCGCGCCAGUUCUCCUUCUCUUCCCCUCGCCCCGCCCCCGCUGCCGCCCCCGUCAAGAACCACUUGCAGAAACGUCCGCAGGACGCCUCCCCACCGUCAGGCCCGCUGGGUAAAAGACAAGCUACUCACAGUAGAUGA